AUGGAAGCUCAUGAAGUGCUCGGUGUCCCAAAGGACGCCUCAGAGGAACAGUUUCGAAGAGCAUACAAGGCUCUCGCAAGAAAAUGGCAUCCUGACCGCCAGCUAGACAAUAGCGAAGAAGCAACCGCAAAAUUCGUCGAGAUCAACAAAGCCUACAAGACAAUGGCCCGCAAUCUACGACGCGCCCGCCGAGCAGCAGAAGGUGCUCCCUCAACCACCAAUACUCCCGAGAGCUCCGUCUCUGGCUCGCCCCCGGCUACACCAGAAUCUUUCUCCUCCAGUCUACCUGAAGAAUCGACGCGUUCUUCGACAUCUCGGCCGAACAGCCCCACCCCAAACCCUAGGACUUCCCAAUUCACGUCACCUUAUUCCUCAACAAGCUCAGAGCACCCUUCUCCCUCGUCCUCCUUCCCAGGCGAUAGCAACGCCGGUCCGCAAGAGCGAGGGCGAUCUUCCUCUCGCAGCAACGUUCAUCUGCCAGAGGACCCUUCAUCAGCGGACAUGCCACACCACUACGAUAAUUAUAACCACUCUGCAGCUGGAUCAUCCUCAUCUUCGCCGUCGUCCUCGCACAAGCCUCCUCGCACAAGAUUACGCAAACAGUCGAAAGUGAGGAACUGCAGGCCCGAUCCCGUCACAGGCGACUACACCCCAAAAGCAUCGCGGCGGCCACCACCCGCAUCAGCCUCAGCGUCGGCAGAAUCCUUUCACGUAGAGCACGACCGCGACCCUGACCUCGUGGUGGGCGAGACCCUGUAUCCCGUCCGCUCGAUCUUACGUGGUGCCGGUGCCGACGCACCAAAGCGGUGGGUGCACGUCCUGAACAUGACCCUCGAGGAGAUCUACCUGGGCAAGACGUUCCAUUUCCGGGUCGUGCGCUACAGGCGCAACGGGAAGAAGAGCGUCGUGCCGCUGGAGGUGCAUGUGCCGCCUGGGAGUCGGGGAGGGACCGAGAUCGUCGUCGAGGAUGCGGGUAACGAGCGGAAGGACGGUUCGUGGCAGGCGGUGGUAUUCCAGGUCAAGGAGGUGAAGCACGAGAGGUUCCGCCGCGUGCACGAUGACUUGCUCUUGGAGGUCCGCCUGCCGUGGGUUGAUAGUCUGAACGACGAGGUCGGCGAGGUGUACCUCCAAGGCGUCGAUGGGGUGGACCAUGUGUUCAAGGUCGACUAUCGCCGCCAUCAUCUUCUGAGUGGGACGACUGUCAUUCCUGAUGCGGGGAUGCCAUCACGCAGCGGUGUUGGACGAGGACGGAUUGUCGUUCGAUGGGAAAUCUCCUCGCCUUCGUCCUCCUGGGGCGCUCUCAAGCAUUCGAUUAAUGAAGGAUUUCUCGAGUCUCAAUGCAAUGGUCCAGUCGACGGCUCGAAUUCCCUCAUUGCACGAUGCAAUCGUUCCUGGCACGCCGAUGAGCUCUCCACAUUUCUUCCUGGAUACGUCUCUGGAGCUCUUCCCUUUCUCUCUCUGCUCGCUCAGCAGCUUCCUGGGCUUGCCUUGCGAGCUGCUGACGCUGACGCUCUUGCUCCUCCGCUGCCCGUUGUGCUGCCUCCCGGGCCAAUCGUUGUUGUUCUUGCAGCUGCCGUGCGGCUUCUUGCCUUUGUCGCUCUGCCUCCUCUGCGACUCGCCUCGCCUCAGCCGCGGCUCGUGCCAUUUCUUCUUGGCGCCUCCUCGCCUCCGCUUCUAACCUACGACGAUUUUCUUCUUGCUGUCUUCUGA